UACCGUGAAUAAGUUCUUAAUUCUUUUAUUAAUUAUUAUUUACUAACGUAUUCAUUUUAUUUGAGCAGUUUUAUUAAUUUAUUUAAUUGAGUUUAAUUAACUAUCCUAAUCUGUUUUACUGUAUAAAGUGUUAUUUAAAUUUUUAUCAAAUAUGAGUUCGAAUUUUAAACGUGAAAGCGGAACACUUGAUAGUUUUUUUAUGCCCCGAGAAAAAAAACCUAAAAAUGCGACUAAUACUGCCAUUUGUGCUACUAGUUCACACGAGCUAGUGAUGCCCAAUGAAGAUAAUUUUGUUAGUGAUAGUCAAAUCGAUAAUCAAAUACAAGAUGUAUGGGAUACUUCCAAAAUUUGGCGGACAUUAGGUUUUUCUGAAUUUGAAAGUGUAGUUGACUUCCGUUCAAGAAAUGUUUUUUCUAGUUGCAUGAAAGCAUUAAAUAUACUCCCAACUUCAACAGCUGAUUGUGAACGAGGGUUUUCCGAUAUGAAUUUGACAAUAACUGAUUUAAGGACUAGAUUAAACAUUGAAAAUGUGUCAGAUUUGAUGUUCAUCUCUAUCAAUGGCCCUUCAAUUGCAGAUUUUAAUCCUAGACCUUAUAUUAAAAUUUGGUUAAGAGAUCACCGUUCUGCCGUUUCCACUCCUAGAGGUAAAGAAAGAAAAGAAAUAGACGACGAAAAUAAGAUGCAGAAAUUAUUUUUUAACAAUUUAUUUAAUUAAUUUUUUUAGUAUUUGUAUAUUUUCAUAUUUUAUUGACUUAUAAAGGUAAUUUCAAGCUUUUUUUAAAAGUUUGAUUUUUUUUUCAUAUUUUUAACACAUCCUUUAUAAUUAUAGACCACAGU